GCAACAGCCAUUUUCAGCUGGCGUAGCUCUCCUGGGAAAGUACAAUUUCCAAAGAAGUUGCCGUCUGGCUAUGGCGUUCGAGUCAACUUCGUGGAAGCCCAUGUACUUGGCCGUUCCUAAAUCGAGUCCCUACAAAGAAGAAAUCCAACGAGCAUCGUUGUGGUUCUAUGACACUGGACUGCGGGAUCACUGGUUCGAUGUCUAUGAGAAACCGCCCGGACAGUGUCGACUGGACUACAACAGCAAGGGCGUUGCGACCAAGAGAUCCAGCAAUCAAAUCAAACUCGAACAGUUGCAUCUACCAUUUCUGAUUCUUUUUGGUGGCUAUUUAAUAGCCUUCAUGCAGUUUCUAAGGGAGAAAUUCAUCUGCCCACUUCAAUAAUAAGGUGUGAUUUUUUUUAAUAACUAUAAUCCACAAGCAACUCUGUACAAUAAAGUUCUUAUUUAAUCUCCUUAAAUUUGGAACAAGUGUCGAUCUGUAGGCCUACUGAAAGUUUAAAGCGAUUACAAUAGAUUACAAUAAAAUGGUAACCAACUCA